CGUCCCGCCCCUGCGCUUCCACUCCAUUUUCUUCCCAACAUCCACAGCGGUAGCCUGCGAGCUUAAAGCAAGAUGGCGGAUAGACCAGUGCCCUUGGCUGAGAAGAGGCUCAUGGAUGUCAAGCUGGGUCAGUUGCCAUCCUGGCUUGGCACAAGGGACUUCACCCCUAAUGGACUUCUUGGCUCUGUUCGCAGAGGCUAUGACAGAUAUUACAACAAGUACAUUAACGUGAGGAAAGGAGGUAUUGGUGGGGUUGCAAUGCUCCUUGUUGGCUAUGUCGCACUGAGUUACCUUUGGGAAUACGAUCAUAUUAAGCAUGACCGGUGGAGGAAGUACCACUGAACAAUGGACCACCAAGACUGUCCGCUGCAGUGUGAUCAGCACACCUUUAAGCUUUCUGUGAUACGUGUAUAAAGUAAUUUGAUGAGACCAAGAAUUAAACUAAGAUUAUUAAAUAAAACUUAUGUAGUGUGUA